GCUGGGAUGAUGGUGUAGCAGAACUGCCAGUCGUAUUUUGAAUGUAAAGAUGAAGAAAGAACAGAUACUCAAUUGUCAGUUCUCUUCCUGGUAUCCUCGUUUCAAGAGGCAGACAAUCCGCAGUGUCAUUCUUCCAAUACCACAGAAUGUAAAGGAUUACUUGCUAGACGAUGGAACCCUGGUGGUUUCUGGCAGAGAAGAUCCCCAAACAAUAACCCAAGAAGAUGGUGGCGAUGAAGAAGAGGCAGAAGAAGCUGUGUGGUCUGAUGAUGAAAAUACUGCGACGCUCACAGCACCAGAAUUUCCUGAAUUUUCCCUUAAAGUUGAAGAGGCGAUCCAUUCCUUGGGAGGGAAUGUUUUUCCAAAGCUUAACUGGAGUGCUCCAAGGGAUGCCUACUGGAUCGCCAUGAAUAAUUCCCUGAAAUGCAACACCCUCAGCGAUAUCUUCCUGCUUUUCAAGAGUUCGGAUUUCAUCACGCGUGACUUCACUCAGCCGUAA